AUGAACGUUGAUUCAAGACCACCUGUUGUGUAUCCUACAUUUCAUGACUCUCAGCAGCAAAAGCCAUCCACACUCACAAAAAAAGAGAUGGCCAUUGACGAUUCAAUCUAUCAUUUGCUCUCCUUGUAUCUUGACACGAAUACAGGUGUGCUCAUUCCGCCUGCAACAACACAGAAUAAUAGAGUGACGAUGAUGAAGCAUUCGCCCUAUUUUCGUACCAAACGAAGAAUGCCAUCACAGCAGCAGCAUCAGAAUUGGCUUGGAGAAAAGAAGAAAUCCUCAAUGACCACAUGUACAGAGCUGGAGAGAAACACCAUCAAGAAUUCAUACACGGCCAGCAUAGACAAUGUUGAUAUCCAAAUCAACAACAAUAACAAGACAAAGACAAGAUCCAAAUCUGUUUCAUUCAGUGAAACAGUUAUUGUUAUUAAUCAAGACGCUUUGAUACCGCCAACAGCAACAGAUGAGGAUGAGGAUUUGUUUGUGGACGCUCUUGAGAAUUUCAUUGAAUAA